CUCCGAGGGUCGCAAGUCGUUUUCUCUUUCUAUGGAUCGUUUGUACUGCUGUUGUUGGUCACGUAAAGCGUCCAAACACGAGACUAAUGCUCUUCUCGACGGUGCAGAAGGAGGAGACUACAGACCGCCUCUUGUCACACCUCAAGUGCCGACCGUGAAGCACUUCAAGCUUCUCAGUACAAUUGGUAAAGGCGCAUUUGGAAAGGUUUUUCAGGUAAAGGAUAAACGAAAUGGUGAAGUGUAUGCACUGAAAGUCGUAUCAAAGGCAGCAAUAAAAACAAACAAGGAUGAAGCCAGAAUAUUGGCCGAGGCACACAUUCUCAGACGAAUAAGUCACCCGUUUUGUGUGUCACUGAAGUUUACCUUUCAAUCAGCUGAACAUCUUUUCUACGUUUUUGAGUUUAUUGGCGGGGGAAUGCUUUUCUUUCAUUUGAGAAAAGAGAGGUGUUUUGAUGAGCCACGGGCUCGUUUCUACAUUGGAGAAACAAUACUGGCGCUUGAAUAUCUUCAUAGCCUUGGAAUAAUUUUUAGAGAUCUGAAACCAGAGAACUGUCUUCUGUAUCCUGAUGGUCAUAUUUGUCUGACAGACUUUGGAGCAGCAAAAGAUUUAGGAGACAGUGGAGAACAAACAGCUACAUUUUGUGGAACUCCAAAUUAUAUUGCACCUGAGAUAUUACGUGCAGAGCAUUACGGUUUAGCUGUUGACUGGUGGACUUGUGGCAUUCUUUUGUAUGAGAUGCUGGUGGGAAAGCCGCCAUUCAUAGCUCAGGACAGAGUAAUACUCUACAAGCAAGUACUACGUGGUGUUAUUGACUAUCCAGAUAACCUGUCUGAGCAUGCUGUGAGUUUGAUUAGUCAGCUACUUCAAAGAGAUCCUGACAAGCGAUUAGGUUGUUCUUCUUUUCAACGUGGAGAGACAGCUGCAAGCAUAAAGGAACAAUCAUUUUUCAGCUGCCAUUUUCAAACCAAAUCUGACGGUGAUGACAAAACAUGUGGCUCCCAUCUCCAAACCAAGGCUGAGGGCAAUGACGAAACACCUACCUGCUCACACAUUCAUUGGACGUGGGAGCAACUAGAAAGAAGAAAAGUUCGACCACCAUUUGUUCCUAUACUAAUUUCUAAUCGUGACCUUCGCUAUGUGGAUCGAGAUAUUCUAGAUGAUAAAUGCUCAUUUGACAAUCUUCCAGGUAGAAGAAAAGGAGAAACAAAAUUGUGUUAUCUGGAAGACUUUGAUUAUGCAACACCAUUGCCGCAGUGA